AGGACUUGAUAGAGAACAGACACUUCAGUUUCUCCUCAAAAAGUUUGAAACCCGCGACCGGGCGGCGAACCAUCCCCAGUUCCCCACUCGGAUCCGCCGCCCCCACCACCGAAGAGCUCCGAAGAGCCGGAAGCAGGAGCGAGACGAUGGAAGGCAGCGACGAUGCCGCGGAGGCGGCGCUGGGGCUGAGCCCGCAGCUCUUCGUCGACGAGAUCCUCGACACCAUCGGCGAGGUCCGCGCAGAGGCCUUCGACUACUGCCUCCAGGAAGCGGCCGCCCCUGGGGUCCUCGGCGCCACCAAGGCAGCCCAGAAGGCCGCGGAGCUCGAGCGGGGAUUAGAUGCCAUUUGUCAUGUCGUAAAGGAUGUACUGGACAAGAGAAUGACGUUCUGGGAAAAAUACUGCCUUCAGCAUUGCUUCACUGUACCCGAAGGUUUUAGGGUGCCUGAAGAUGAUAAUUCCUGUGCAAAAAAUUCACAGAAAGAUGGGACUUCUGAUUCAGAUUUGGAUGUGGAAUUUGAUUCCUUAAGGAGAAAGGUUGAAAGUGCCAACACAGAAUCUGAAAAUCUUCAGAGAGAGUUGUCCUCAUUGGAAAGGCAAACUACAUACAAAAGAAAACUUGAUUCCUCUAUUGCUGAAAUACAGAAGUUGUUUGAAGGCAAAUCUGUGCAAAAGAAUUUUGAAGAUCUCGCGAAGGCAAUACCAAUAUUGCAGCAGAAAAUAAUGGGAAUGAAAAAGAAAAGGACUGAGACUGGGAGCUUGGUAGAUCAACAGGUUUGGAGCAUGAACGGUCUGAGAGACAGCAAGCAUCUAGCAUUGGAUCAGGGUUUUAUUGCACGCACUGAAGACAUUCAAGAGAUCAUCAAUAUCUUACAGAACGAGUAGCUUGCAGUUUCGUGCGGCCUGCACCUAUCAGAAUGUCAACUAUUGGUCGCAUUACAGUAUCAGAAUUUAAUUUUGUGUAGCUACCUUCUCACUAGCUGCCUGUGUGAUGUGACACUCAACUACGGAUAUGGUGAUGGGAUAUUUUUAGUUAGCAUCAGUGAGACUCAUUUCUGCGAUAAAUCCAAAUACCUUUAUGUUUAA